AUGAGUUAUGAUCCAACAGCAAAGAAAACAGAAGUGCUUGUCCAUAAUCUCUACUUCCCCAAUGGUGUUGCUGUCUCACCAGAUCAGCAAUUUGUCAUCUUCUUUGAAAGUGUUCAGAUGAAGUGCAAGAAAUAUUACAUAGAAGGCCCUAAGAAAGGAAGUGUUGAAAAAUUUUGUGAUAAACUACCUGGCUACCCUGAUAACAUUCAUUAUGAUGAACAAGGUCUAUUGGAUUGGACUAGGCUCGGGAUCAACCCCAGAACUGGAUAUAAUAUUCAGAUACCCUUUGAUUCAGAAGGCUUUAGGAAUGUUUGCAAAGUGUGUAACAAAAAUGAAGGAAUUAUAUCUGUAGAUUUGGAUGGAAAACCAAUUGGUCACUAUUCUGAUCCCAAAUUAGCAUUAGCAAGUGGAAUUAAAAUUGGUGAUCACAUUUAUCGUGGUUCCCUUUUUUUAUCCCUUUAUACUACGUCUUGA